GCACGCCAGUGCGGUGCGCGCACGCCGCGCCGAGUCAUACCGUAGGUAACGCGCGCGCGGAUCGCCCGACGACGACGGCGACGGCGAAACAAAUCGCUAACAGACCACAGCACCACACCAACACACAGUGCGCAUCGCGGCGAAACUCAACACGGUCUAUCUCUCCACCGUCCGGGAACCAUCUUCCGCUCGACAAUGUUGUCUCACCUGUGGUGCACGUGGCGCGAGGUGAAAAACUACAUCCACACACCGUAAUUAAUUAAACAUUAAACAUAUUCGCUGGAUUCGUGUGAGAUUAUUACUACUUCUAUUGGAUUAGUGAUUAUACAACGCGCAGUGCCAUAAAUAAAUCCAAUUCAGGGAUUAGUUUUGAUAAGAUGGAGACGUGGAUGCAAGAAGUGGUGUCCAUGAUGUCGGGUGGCGGCAUAGUCGGCAACAACGAUGUGGUGCAGAUCAAGAAGGAGGCAUUCGAUAGUUAUGUUGAGUGCUCACAGUCCAACAGCGACAUGUACUCCCCAACGACUACCACGCAUAUUAUUCAAGAAACUAGCAAAAAAUGUACUUCUUUCAGUGAACCCGAAGCAGAACUCCGCUCUCCCGAAUCACCCGAACGACAGUACUGCUCCUCCACCACACAACCCCACAUUGAAGGCGGAAUGAUGGCGAAAGAAGACGCCAAAGACCUAGAUCUCCCCCGUAGAUUAUGCCUGGUAUGCGGUGAUGUCGCCUCGGGUUUCCACUACGGCGUCGCCUCCUGCGAGGCAUGCAAAGCGUUCUUCAAGCGCACGAUACAGGGUAACAUCGAGUACACAUGUCCCGCAUCAGGCGACUGUGAAAUCAACAAGCGCCGGAGGAAAGCGUGCCAGGCGUGCCGCUUCCGCAAGUGCCUCAAUUCCGGCAUGAUGAAGGAAGGCGUGCGGCUGGAUCGUGUACGUGGCGGUCGACAGAAGUACCGCCGUAAUCCAGAGAGCCCUUAUCAGGUGCAUGUUUUGUCCACGCCGCGACCCGCGCUGGUUUUAGAAGAUAUUAAAAUACUGGACGCGUUGGUAACGUGCGAGCCGGACAUCUUGGAGAUGAAUUCGGCGCUGGAUAGUCAAACGAAGCAUCGGUCGUUGAGUAUUCUCAGUGACUUGUACGACCGCGAGCUGGUGGGCAUCAUCGGCUGGGCGAAGCAGAUUCCCGGAUUUACUGAUCUCUCACUCAACGACCAGAUGCGACUGCUGCAGAGCACGUGGGCGGAGAUUUUGACGCUCACGCUGGCGUAUCGGAGUUUGUCGACGGCGAGUUUAGGGCGGCUACAGUUCGCUGCGGAUUUCACGCUGGAUGAGAAGCAGUCGCGGGAGUUUGGUGGAUUGGAAUUGUAUCAAACUUGUUGCCAUGUUGUCGAACGUCUCGACUCGAUAUCAAUUUUAAAGGAAGAAUAUUUCCUGCUUAAAGCACUCAUCCUCUCGAAUUCCGACGUGCGAUCGGAGCACUUUCCUUCGUUGAAGAAGUUUCGGGAUGGGAUUCUCACCGCGCUUUCAGAUACCAUAUAUAUUUUAAGGCCAUCUGGUGGUUUUUCACAAGUGCAGCAAUUGCUCCUAUGCUUGCCUGCAUUGCGACAGGCCGACGCAGUGGUACGGCGCUUCUGGGCCGAUGUGCACCAGCAGGAUUCGGUGCCGAUGAACAAAUUGUUCCUCGAAAUGCUAGAGGCGUACAGCCGGUAGUACGGCGCGAAACGUAACCACAAACGCCAGCGCGCCACGUAGCGUUGGUUGCCUAGCUUACACAUCACCUCCGUGUUUAAUAAUCAUUUUGUUUACACGCAGAAAUCAAACCGGUGUGGUCAUACAAAACACGAAAGUACAAGCAGAGCAAACAAGUUGAUUUCCCAUUCGACGUGGAGAUUUGAUAGUCGAAACGCAUGCGGUUCGAAUCGAGGUGCCUAUACAUUAUAUUCUAGGAGCUAAAUUAUGUAGUUAGAGGAUAAGAUUGCGGCGGGGUGCGAGUUCUCGGAUGAUGUGAGUGUUGUGCGUUUUAUACGAUGUGGGUUUUUGGAGGUACGACAUUACGAGUGCCAGUUUAUAAAAGAUUGACUAAUUUUUGAAAUUCAUUUAGAGUACAGUGAGAUUUUAUGUCGUUAUCAAAUGAGGGAGCCAUGUAUAUUUUCAUAAAUACUAUUUGAAUCAACAAUUCCUGUCGACACACAUCAAUAUCAUCUGUUUGUGUACUGGACGAACCAUGAAUCCCCCAACCCCAAGUGAUAGAUUAGCGUUACUUCUAGUAGAUCGAUAAGAAUUUAUCUAUUUUGUAUAACUAAUUUUGUACAUACGAUGCCUUUCCGACAAUUGCAUUGCGGGAGGGAGUGCUUUUCAUUCAUUACGAACGUGAACUGUGCGAACGCUAGAAAAGAAUAUUAACUUUAUUACCUUUUUAUUACGAAACUUAUUGUGAUUGAUUUCAUUUAUCGUUUAAUAAUUCGAUUUGGAUUGACUUUUGUUUUUUUGAAACAAGACAUACACUGAAUUCACCGCCUCAUUCGACUGUAACACACAUUUGCCAUCUGCCAUUAACCUUAACGAGUUGUUCAGUAAUUAUUCUAAGCAUAUGCUAAUUGUAAGAAAUUCAUUAAAUAUGAAGAGAUAUAUUUAGAGCACAAAUCUAUGAGUAUGUAAACAUAAUGAAUUCUUGUCUACUGUACUUAUAAAUUUCUAAUACAAUGAUGAUUGUAUGAUACUUUGCAAAUUCAGGUUCUAGUUGAUAACUUUGUUUUCAAUUUAUUAUGUAAUAAUUGUUUCGAAAAUAUAAUGCAGAUUAUUUCA